UCGUGCCAAAAUAUUACAAACAAUUUCAACAACCAAAACACUCAGUGACAUCGUUUAAUACUGUUCUUUUAACGAAAACAGUAUUUUAAAGUGCUCUGUGGGAUUAAAGUGUCUGUGUUUCAACUUGUACUAUUAACGACUGCACAAUGCGAAAGUUUUUCAUUAAAUUCGUCAAUGUGCACGAAAUAUUGACGGGAAAAUGUUGAAGGGAUAUUUUGUUUUUGUGUUCGUGUUCCAGUGCUUUUCAGCCGGCUUCAGCUCAAGCCUCCUGUGCGGAGUCACGAAUGAGCUGAGUCUCGGCAACGGGGCCGGCGCGGGCGCCGCCAUUGCGCUGGCGCUGGUGCGGCCGCCGGCGGCGCGCGGGCCUUGCUCGCUGCGGCUGCUCGCGCCCGACGCGGCUGCGUUCACUGCGAGGCUUAUUGAUGUUAAGGAGAACCUGUCGGAAUGGGAGCGCGGCGCUCUUGAAAUGUCAUCGCCCGCGCUGGUAGCGGGCGUGGCGCAGCAGGGGCGCAAAUGGGGCGCGCGCAGCGUCACCGCGCAGCACACGCGCGACGACCAGGCGCCGCCUAGGGCCAACGCUACUCAAGCUUGCAAGCUACUUGUAUACAUAGGCGACGCCAUAAAACCCAUAUGGCGCCUGAAUCUCUGCGGCGGCAACGCAGCGGCGGUUGCCGCUCGCGCCGGUACCAAACUGCUGCCGCCGAAAAUCAAGAUCGUGUGGAACCCGCCUACGUCACCCUAUCAGCACACGGAGAAGUUGCGGCUUGUGGUCACUGCGGUCAAUAGUGGUUCUGUAUGCAACAACGAAUCUCAAUUCAUCUGCGGCAUGACCAGCCUCUGCAUAUCCUCCUACCUCGUGUGCGACGGCGUCCGCCAUUGCCCUGGAGGCGAGGACGAGGAUACCUCAGCGUGCAUGCAUCGGAGGGACCCACCACUGCUGGAACUGCUUAGGAGAUUCGCUGCCAGGAACCAGGAGUUGCUGGGCUUGGAUCAGAAUGAUGGGAUGACGAAACCUUCUGUCAUAAGCGAUUUGAAACUUUCAGUGAAGAUCACAGAGAGCGAGCAGAAGUCCAACGCGUUCUUGGAGUUUGCGGCCGCGCUGAAGCCCUACGGCCCGUGGAGCUACCUCGUGGUCGGCAUGCUGGUGUGCGCCACUAUCCUCAUGUUCUGUCUCGCGUGGGAAUGCUGCUGCAAGCGCUCAAAGCCCUCAGACACACCAAUCAACAUACCAGCCUCCUGCAUAGAUCUCUCCCCAACUGUCACCGUCACAGUAGCCUCCCAACACCUCUUCUCCCCAACCCCAACCUCCCCUCCCGAGUACGAACCUCCCCCGUCCUACUCCUCCCUCUUCCCUAGAGCGUAUAAGUGCGAAGACCCCGUGCCACAGUGCUCGACGCAGCCGGAUUAGGUUUUCAAAUUAGGUACGAGGUUUUUAAGGUUUUUUAGAGGUUUUGGAAUGACAUUUGAGGAUUUGUCAUGUAA